AGCUCCCAUUUUUUUCAAAUGAGCUUGUACAUAAUUAAGAAAAUACAGAUUCAUCAAUCAAUCCAAGUUUUACAGUUAUAUAUGGGAUAUAUGAAAGAUUAUAUUUCAUAAGAAAAUAUUCCUGACAAUUACGAAUACAGCAAAAAAUGGUUUAGCCAAAUAAAGGCAGUCAUUCUCAAGAUAUUAAUACAUAAAGCAAUUAAUAUUUAUUUAAGUAUGUAGACUAGAUGCUAAUAUACAAUUUUGAAAUAGAUUUAAAAAAAAUAUAUUUGCUUUAAAUGUGGUGUCAACAUAUAAAAUCUAUAACUACAAUGACUCUAUAUAAAUAUUACAUCAUUAUAAUAUACCUGCGCAUCAUUACGUGUCAAGAUAUUUCUAUAUGUGAUGAUAAAAACCUCACCAAUGUUCAUGGUAACACUGUAAAUAAAGAGUUUUGCCAAGAAAACCCCUGCAUCAUAAGCCGCUAUAAAGAGCCGUGCAUCGUAGUGAAACGGAUUGGUAUUGCACAGAAGAGAUGCGAGCCGAUGAACGAAGUCAGUGCCAAAGGCAAUAGUACCAUAUCACGGUUACAAUAUGUGUAUAAGAAACUAUAUGGCAACAUUAUUAAAAGCGAGAAAUUAUUCCAUGAGAGCUUCCAUAUCGUUACUUUCAAAAAUAAACACAUGUAUAACAAGAUCUGUUCUGGUGAUUGGGCGAUAAGUGAUUUUGUACACAACGUGCUCUAUAUUAUGGAAGACGGUUCCAUCACAAUAGACAUUCCCAACUCCGGUUCCCGGUAUCAGAAUAUUAAAAAGAAUAAAUUUAUAAUAUUAUUUUAUGCUCAAGAGACUGAACAUGGACUGGUGCCAAGUGUUGCUUUAAAAAUUCUAGAAAAUAACGACCAAUAUGACUUAAAAGGAAUAUUAGUGGCUAUUGGUAUGCUGGUGUCUAGCUUCUUUAUGCUAAUCGUGAUAAUCGUAUAUGCGUUAUUGAAGGAGCUACACAACAUAUUUGGUUUUGUACUGAUGGCGUAUAUGGGUACAUUUUGUCUGGCAUUCCUGACCAAAGCAGUCCAAUCUUUCGGAUUAUGGCAGAGGGCGAUUGAUGUCAAGACCUGUUUAUAUUUAGAACCAUUUGUGUACUUCGGAAUCCUGAGCAGUUUUAUGUGGAUGAAUGUGAUGUCAUUUGACAUUUGGCGCAAAUGCAGACAUACACGCUCUCAACGCAGCGUCCAACGGCGUAAUGUGCUUCGGAAGUUUAUGUACUACGGCUUGUACGCUUGGCUCACACCUAGCUUACUUGUGGCUGCCGAAGUUAUAAUAGACCAUACCGACCUGAGCCACUUGCCUAACUUCAAGAAGCCAUUAUUCGACACUUGCUCUUUUUAUCAAAUCAGCCGAACAAUUUAUUUGUUAACACCAAUUCUGUUAAUAUUGAUAAUAAAUAGCCUGCUAUUUUGUUUGACUUACUACAAAAUUUGGACAAUCAGAAUGGAGCUGUCACGACUCAAUGACAAUGAUCACAAUGAUCACAGAACAAAUAAGAAAAAUGAAAAUCGGUUUGCGUUAUUCCUUCGCUUGUCUUUGGUGAUGGGCACUAACUGGAUCUUUGAAAUAGUGGGCGCUCUUGUCGACCUGCCUCAAUGGUUUGAGAAUUUAGUAGACACCUACAAUGUACUGAUCGGUGUGUUCAUAUUCUUUCUCUUCGUCUUCAAAACCAACAUAUUCCAUAAACUUUGCAGAAAAUAUCAAUGGGUUUGAAGACGCCUCUCUACCCGUGGAUAUAUAUGGGUUUACAAUAGAGAACUAAGCAG